AUGGUAUCUGAUUAUCUUACUCUUCUUUUUCUCUUUCUACGGCACUUGCCCUCGUUCGCCCUAACGGCCUCGGCCCGCAAAUUAAAGGCUAUGAUCCACAGUUACACUUACAAAUCCCUGCCGUCAACCCAAACUAAGAACGUGGUCGUAGUCGGUGGUUCCUUCACCGGAUAUUUUACAGCAAAAUACCUGAUCGAAACGCUUCCCAGUGGAUAUCGCGUCGUUCUCAUCGAGAAGAACUCACAUUUUAAUUAUGUGUUUGCCUUUCCUAGGUUUAGCGUGAUUAGCGGGUACGAGAAAUUCGCCUUCAUCCCAUAUGGAGGGCUCGAAAAGGGAGCACCAAAAAGCAUAUUUGAGUUUGCGCAGGGAAAGGUUGAUAAAGUGGAUGAGCGCAUCAUCAGACUGGAGGAUGGAAGGGAGCUGGAAUAUGAAUACCUAGUGAUUGCCACUGGCACGUCAUCAGCACUUCCAAGUAAAGUUUCAGCAACCGAGAGUCUUGAUGCGCAGCAAGAGUUGAGAGGUUUGCAGAGUACAAUCGAGAAAGCAACACGAAUCGCGGUUGUUGGUGGAGGCGCAGUAGGCGUCGAGCUUGCAAGCGAUAUCAAGGGCUUUCAUCCAGAGAAAAAUGUUGUGCUGUUACAUUCAAGAGAAAGGCUGCUCCCGAGCUUUGGAGAACGGCUACAUCAGCACGUAACGAAAAGGCUUGGUGAAAUGGGCGUCGAGGUCUGGUUCAAUCAACGGCCACAGAUUGUGGAAGGAAGUCACACCCUCAAAUUAAAACAAGGUGAAGAAGAGACAUUUGAUCUCAUCAUCGCCGAUGAGCGUUUUUCGAACAUCUUUGCUGCUGGCGACGUUGCGGCUUCUGGUGGACCAAAGAUGGGACGAGCGAGUUUUAUGCAAACCUUUGUUGUUGUUGACAAUAUCUUAUCUCUGAUCAAGGGAAAGAAAACCCUGAAGAUCUACACCCCGAUGCGAUGGAUAGAAAGCUCAAUCAAAUUAACUUUAGGAAAGUUAAGAGUGAACACUAAAUACUACUAG